AUGGCCGUCAACUGGUACUUCGUCCUUUCCAUCAUCAUCGUGUCUUGCGGAUCCAUUCCCAAAGGCUACGAUGAGGGUGGAUACAGUGCAUCAGUCGGUCUGAAGUCCUUCGAGACGGACUUCAAUCUGCUGGCAGCCAACUGGAAAAAUGAUGCCAACGGCCUGGCGACUCUCGAAGGCAACAUCAAGUCCUUCAGUGUUCUUGGGGCCGCGUGUGGCACUUUGAUUGCUCUUCUCAUCAACGAUCGCAUCGGUCGGCUUCGCUCAUUCCAGCUAGCCAUAUGUCUCUGGAUGUCAGGCCUCUUUAUGCAGAUAUUUGCUUCGGGAAUCAUCGGAUUGCUUCUCUUUGCGCGCAUCUGGGCUGGUCUCGGUGCCGGUAUCUUGACCGUUGUCUCACCACUAUACCUCUCCGAGAUUGCACCAACAAAAUCCCGAGGAAUGGUCGUCACCGUGUACAUGGUGUUCUUGCUUUCUUUCUUGAUGUUUGGUUUCUUCAUCAACUUCGGCGCCAACAAAGGACUCCCUUCAGGUCGCAUGCAGUACCGCCUCGUACAGGCAAUUCCCCUCAUUCCAGUCGGUCUCGCUCUUGUUGGCUCCUUUUUCUUGUCAGACACCCCGCGCUGGUUAGCUUCCAAGGGACGUAUUGUGGAAGCCACAGCCGCGCUCGAACGCCUUCGGAAAUCGAGUCAAGAUGAUGAAGCCCUAGCUAUAGAACGCGCUGACAUCCAGGACCAAGCCCAUCACCAAACUGAGAAUUUAUCUCAGGCAUCGAUAUGGACAAUCUUCAAGGAGAUUGCAACUGAUGGCAACUACCGGGAGAGAUUUCUACUGGGCGCCACGGUACAAACGAUUGCUCAAUGGACUGGAGGGAACGGCAUCACUUUUUACAUCCCUCAGAUUUUCAAACUGGCCGGCGUGACCAGUUCUGAUCAGUCUCUGAUAACUUCUGGGGCAUACGGUGCCGUAAAGCUCGUGUUCACCAUGUUAUUUGCCUGGUGCCUCGUCGAUAUCUGGGGACGUAGGAAAACCAUGUUCACCGGCCUAUGGCUGCAAGCCGUGGCACACGCUUGGAUGGCUAUUUACAUGUCGUUGUUCUCAGACGGAUCAAACAAGCAUGCGAGCAACGCGGCCAUUGCCUCUGUCUUCAUCUACGCUGUUGGAUGGUCAAUCGGCCUUUGCAACACCCAGGCAUUGUACGGGACAGAGAUCUACCCAACCCGGAUUCGAUCAGUUUGCUAUGCGUUUAACAUGAUGCUGCACUGGUUCUUCCAGUUCGCUGUCGUGCGCGUAACGCCGAACAUGUUUGUCGGGCUCGGGGUGUCUGGAGCAUAUAUUUUUUGGACCUGUGUCUGUGCUGUCGGAAUACUGCUCUUGGGCGUAUGGGCCCCAGAGACUAAAGGUGUCCCCAUGGAGAGAAUGGAUGAGCUGUUCUCAGGGCCGUGGUAUAUGGGGUGGAGAGCAAAGAUUAACCCUUCAGCAGAUCCGCUUGCGGGAACUGAUACGGGAAAGGAUGUCAAAGAGGUCACUAUUGAGAGGGUAGCUUAG